UUGACUUCGGACAGGUUUCACAUCAGUUCUGCUUUGUUAUUUUACCGGUUAAAAGGAUGUCCUACGGAAGUGCACAAACUGGGAAGAAUUAUGGAGCACAUGUAGUUACCGUCGACUUUCGCAGUGACACUGUGACAAAACCAUGUGCUGUUAUGAGAAAAGCCAUGCACGAUGCAGAAGUUGGUGACGAUGUUUAUCAUGAAGAUCCAACGACAAAAAGACUAGAAGAAUAUGUCGCGGAUUUAAUGGGGAUGGAAGCUGCAUUAUUCGUGUCCAGUGGAACGAUGGGAAAUUUACUGUCCACAAUGGUGCACUGCAACACCCGUGGCUGUGAGAUGUACCUCGGUCAAGACGCCCACAUGGUGCACCACGAGCAGGGUUCAGCAGCGCAAAUAGCAAACGUGACAAUUUGCCCGAUCCCCAACAACCCCGACGGCACGUUCGACCUGAGACAAGUGAGACUGAGACUCAAGGACUCCGCAAACGUUCACAGCUCCAUCUCCCGAAUGAUGGCAGUGGAGAAUACGCACAACGGCAAGAUUCUCCCGAUGAAAUGGAUCAAGGAGGCAGUGGCAUUCGGCAAGAAGCACGGACUGAAGCUUCACAUGGACGGUGCGAGAAUCUGGUACGCCUCGAUAAUCGGUGGAACUCCCAUCAGAGAAAUCGUCGAGGGCUUCGACUCAGUGACCUUCUGCCUGAGUAAAUUGGGGGCCCCAGUGGGAUCAAUGCUCUGUGGUUCCAGAGAAUUCAUCGCCCAGGCGAGAAGAACGAGAAAAGUUCUGGGAGGUGGAAUGCGUCAGACUGGAGUUCUAACUGCUUGUGCCCUAGUGGCCCUCGAAAAUCUGCCUAAAAUCGCCAAAGAACAGGAGAAAGUAGCUGCGAUGAUGAAGACAGUAAACGAACUUGACUCUGAUAUAUUCAAAGUGCAUCCCAUCGAUGCCCAGACAAACAUGGCUUGGAUCAGUGUUGAGGAGACCGACGAGGUCACUGCGCCAAAAUUCGCCAAACGACUUGGAGAGAUUGAGGACGAGCAUGAGGAUGAUCAGAUCAGGGUGUUGGCAUGGGCUGUGCGUCCCAGAAUGGUGAGAUUCGUUUACCACCUUGACGUUACUGAAGAGGGGGCUAGGGCUGCCCAGAGGAAGGUCGAAUAUGUAAUAAAGCAAAUGGAUCCUAAAUUCAACAAGACCCUGAAUUUCAUAUACGAGAACAAGGAAAACAAGGAAAACGAAAUAGCUUGCGAACUGGAGAAGAAAUUGUACAUUCAACAAGUAUAAUUAUGCUGAUUACAACUGUCAAGUGAUAUCAUCCCAUCAAUCGUCUAAAUUAUUGUAAAUGUAUUCAAACUGUAUUAUACGUGAAAAAUGACUCAUUCACCUUAGAAAUAAAAAAAAAUCA